AUGCACAAUAGCAAAACCGUUAGCGAUGGAUUUCUGGCCCUGCAAAACGUUCACGCGUACCAGGCGCUUGGCAGGAUCUACCCGCGCCUCUUGGCUCUGGAGAAGGAGCUGGAAGACACCAUCCAAAGCGUGACUCAGCUCACGGACCAGGGUGCCGAAAUUGAGCCAAUCGAAGAGGAGGAUCCCAAGAGCAAGGAAGACGACAGCCCACGCAAGCGGGCCCAGCGACGAAAGGAGACCAUGCGGCGGCGGAAGGCGCUUCUCGAAUCACAGCGCGUGAAGAGAGGGCCCACGGAGGAGAGUGACAAGGCACCCAGUCGACCGGCGCUUCGUUUUGAAGACAAGGAGGCCCAUGAGAAGCAGCUGACUCUUUUGAAAGACAAGUUUGAGAAGGUCCUGCUGGAAUAUGACCUGGUUCCCGAUUCGGAGAAGGGUCGACUGGCUCACCUCUUCACCUUGGUCAACCAGGGCCAACAGAAACUGGAUCAAUGCCAGGAUGAAAUGAAGCAGGCAGAAGAGGACGCUGAGGUUUUGGCGCACAAAACGAGGGAGCAGUUGCGCGUGGAGGCGGAGGCCAAGUGCAUGGACAUGCUUCGGUCGGGUCGACUGCCGACGGAGAUGCUUGGGAGUCUGAGCAAACAGAGGGCGGACGGGCCGUCAGCCGAGGAUCGCGAUGCGCUCAAGUCCAAGAAUGCGGCGCUGUGGAUGAGCAUCCAGGAGCGGCAGAGAGUCACCACGGCACUCAUGCGCGCCUUUCCCGAGCCUGGCCAAAGGCGAGUCACCUCCGAUGAGCGCGAGCUGCAGGAAGAGCUGGAGUCUCUUCAGCAGGAGAUCCAGGCUCAGGAGACCGCGAGGGAGGCAGAGGAGACCAAGGUGGCAGAGAGGACGGUCUCAAAGUUAGUCGCCUUGAAGACAGACGCGGGAGGCAGCGGCGGAGUUACCUUCAUUGGAACCUGUGCAGCCUGCAUGGACAGUUCAAAGGUUCGGAUGCGUGCCAUCAGCAUAUGCACUGUGCACUGA